AUGCAGUAUUUUGUUUCUGUCGACCAGAUUUUGUGAAAGGAGAACACUAUCAAUUGUUUAAAAAAAACUAGAAAUUGUUGUUCAAAGGUCGCUAAGCAGAUUCUUAGAGAAAGGUUUCAGCCAAUAUUCAUUUGACAAAACGAACAGCUACACUUUCAUAACCAUUUCCAAUAUGUCAAAACUACAGUUGUUGAAUGUAUUCGUCACCGAGCGUUUAUCCGCAGCUGCUGUGGAGAUAUUCGGGGUCGUGGAGAAGACCAUAGCGGAGUAUCAAGAAGAAGUCUUCCGUUCAGCAGAGGAGAACGAGCGUCUACGGAUGCUGUUGGACAUGGCUACCAAACCAGAGAGAACGUCACACAUAGCAGACUUCCAGCUACUCACUCCCUCUGUUCCCCCUGAGCAGCAGGAGUGGAGCCCCAGUCUGGGGCAGGAGGACCCAGAACCCACACAGAUUAAAGAGGAACAACAGGAGCUCAGACUCAGUCAGGAGGACCCACCUCAGCCCUCGCAUCUUUACCAAAACCAAACUGUGGAUGACGGAGAGAGGGGUAUUCUACCUAUCAUCAUAACUGAAGAGAUCAAAACAGAACCUGAUGUAGAGGGCUACAGAGUACCAGAACCAACCAGUGAUCAGCCCCUCUCAGUUCAUCCAGAGUACUCUGCUGCAGUAGAGAAGCCAUAUCAGUGUAAACAAUGUAGCAACAGCUUCACACGUAAGGGACACUUGACCAUCCAUUCAAUGACACACACAGGAGAGAACCCCUAUCAAUGCAAACAAUGUGGCAAAAUGUUUAACCAGAAGAGCAACUUGACCGUUCAUUCAAGGAUACAUACAGGGGAGAGACCUUAUCAGUGCAACGACUGUGGCAAAGCCUUCAACCAGAAGAUAGAACUGACAUUGCAUAUGAGAGCUCAUACAGGAGAGAGACCAUAUAUCUGUCCUGUAUGCAAGAAAGGUUACAUCGCAUUAAGCUAUUUAAGACUUCAUCAGCGUGUUCACAAAGGGGAGAAAUCUUACCAGUGCAAAUAAUGUGACAAAUGCUUUGGUUAUAAAGGAAGCUUGAAGUCUCAUAUGAGCACUCACACAAAAGCUUCAGCCUGAAGUGAGAACAACAAAUGAUUACAAAUGAUUACUCACAUGUGAAUUUCUUGUUACAUCCAACUUGUAAAUAAUUAUUAUAUUUCCUGCCACUUGACAACAAAACAACUGUAGUUGUGUGUUAAAGGUUUUGUUUUUUUCAAUUUAUUGGACUUUAGGAUGUAUAGCACCGAUUUGUGUCACCUCGUUAGUCAGUAUGUGUUACACCUGGGCUGGCCCAGUGCUUCAGUUGUCUUGAAAUGUGGAUGUCCGGUCAACACCUUUUUAGUUGGCUCUCCCUAUUUCAUUUAUAGAAAAAUGUUCAUUUGUCUGAUCUUCCCUGUAUUUGUUUUGCUCAACCUUUUGGUUUGCUUCCUGUCUUUUAAGUUUGGUGUGGGUUUUUCUUGUUGGCCUCUUCUUGGGCAAAUUUAGUGGGUGCUCGUGGUGAUUGUCAUUUACGUUCCAGUUGUGACUAGUCAACUUUCAGUGGAUACCCCAACGAGUGUCUUUCAGAACCCCUCCUAAAACCCUGCCAGUUUCGUUUUGGUUGUGUCAGUGACUUUGUUACUUCCCCUUCUGUUUGAGCAACAUUAUUUGGUUUUGUAGCUGAGGAAAGUAACAAUGUGUGUGUGGAGUGUAAAGCAUCAUUCACUAUCUGAUUUGUAAGAUCAUUUUGGUGCUCACUUUUUUUGGAUGGCUAUUCGCCGUUACAAUGAGGGAAUUUUAUUAUGCUGGCCCGGGUGGGCGGAGUUUGCACCAGGUGAAAAGUGAUUGCAUCAGUUUGAGACCAUCCUGCCUCACGGGUGUGAGCCAAUCACAUGACAGGCCAUAGCCCGGUGCACUAAGGUUCAGCCUACGGUAAUCAAACUCCCUCACUGCUGUAUCUAGCACAGAGCACACAUUUGGAUUUCUGAACAACGAGUUCUAAUUCAAUUGUUUAACAAUGACACAGGAUAUUUGGGCCACUAUCUUCUAUCUGUACUGACAACUGCAUGUUAGAAUAUUGGAGUAGCCUAUUAUGUCUUUGACAAUCUAUAUAAUGCAGCAAAUCAUUUGUUGUAAUAAAGUACUUUUAAAAAAAUGGAUGUCAUUCAUAUUAGAGAAUGUAUUAAAUCUGCCGAUCAGCUCUA